AUGCGCUGUUACGUCAGGUUCGUGGGGGACAUGUGGCUGGAUGCUGAGGAGGACCCUACCACGGAAGCACCAAGCAACUCCAGCUCUUCGGACUCAAACCCCUCCCCCCAGGAUGAGGAUGAGGAUGAGCAUGAUGAUGUGGAGGUAUCGACCAACCUCCGCGAGGGGGCUCACCGUCGGAGUCGUAUGGAUACGCUCGAGUCACUGGAAGGUGAUCGUGGAGACUGGCGAGGCCAUCGCAGGGGAAGGUCCGGCCUCAAGACGUACGAACAGCUCAGGAUCUUGCAUCCGGAGAGGGGGCACGCGGAGGAAAUUUACGAGUACUCCCUAGAAGAGCGGGACGGACUGAUGAAGUCGAUCACGAGCGACAUCAAGAGCCACUACGCGAAGUUCUCUCGGGCGACCGCCCAGAAACUUCGGAGGCACAGAGAGGCGAAAGGCUGCAUACCCUCGUUCGACUGGCGGAAGUCGUUGGAGUCACUCCCGUUCUUGAUCACGGUCCGCACCUACCAGAGAGAAUACUUCGCGAAUGACCUUGCCGCGGGUCUCACGGAGGGCAUCGUGUGCAUCCCUAUGGGGAUGAGCUACGCUCUGCUAGCAAACCUGCCCGCGGUGUACGGGUUGUACACGUCCCUUGUACCCCCCCUCAUGUACCUGCUGUUCGGCACUUGCAACCAGCUCUCGCUCGGGGUUUCGGCGAUCGAGUCCCUCCUGGUGGCUGCCGGGGUGUCGCAGGUGAUUGGCUGGAUCGACGACGAGGUGAAUGCCGACACCACUCAGGAGGACAUCGACACCAAGGUGCAAGUCACCCUGGCCUUCACCCUUUGCGUGGGCUUCUGGCAAAUGAUCAUGCGGAUCUUCGGAGUCGGAGCAAUCGCCACCUUUCUGUCGGACCCGGUGCUGUCCGGGUUCUCCACCGCAUCCGCGUUUUUGAUCGGGACCUCGCAGCUCAAGCACCUCGUGGGGUACGAGUUACCCAAGGCCAUACUCCCGGUCAUCUGGUACGAAGCCGUCACGAACGUGCCGAAGUUCAACAUCGCCUCCGUUUGCGUGGGGGUCAGCGGGAUUCUGCUGCUGAUGAUUUUCAAGAAGCUCAACAACCGGUAUCUGCCCCAUUUGCCGCUACCGUCUCAGGUGGUGGUGGUGAUCCUAGCGACCCUAGUGACCUUCCUCCUGGGGUUGGAAAACGACCCGUACAACGUCAAGGUCCUCGGCGAUAUCCCUGUUGGGCUUCCCCCCCCCUCGUUGCCCUCCUUCCCGACCGUCGACGGCAUCGGCGGGUUCUCUAGCUACGCCGGUAACCUCGCCAUCCAGAGCUUGCUGGUGGCGGUGAUUUGCUACAUCAUCACUAUCUCCAUCGGAAAGACUUUCCAGAGGAUCAACGACAACGCCUACAAGAUCAACGGUGCACAGGAGCUCGUGGCGAUGGCGAGCGCCAACAUGGUUGGAUCGCUCUUCAAGACCUACCCGGCGUCGGGGUCUCUGAGUCGAACGGCAGUGGUGCAGUCCGUCAACGCCAAGACGCGCAUGCACCUCAUUCCCGCCGUGGUCGUGGUGAUGCUGGUGCUGGUUGCCAUCACGCCCUUGCUCUACACCUUGCCCAAGGCCAUCCUCGCGUCAGUGGUGAUGUUUGGAGUGGUGAAAAUGGUGGACUUCAGGGACGCGAAGCGGCUGUACCACCUGAGCAAACCCGACUUCUUCUUGUGGAAUGUCUCUUUCUGGGUAACUGCCAUCGUUGGGCCCAUCGAGGGCAUCGCGGUCAGCGUUGUCGUUAGCCUGCUGUACUUGCUGAAGCAAACGUCGAGGCCGGCGAACUCCACGCUAGGCAGGCUGCCCGAGACCCGCGAAUACCGCAACAUCAAGCGUUUCCCGAUGGCGAAGGAGAUACCGGGAAUCCGCAUCUUCCGGUUCGAUUCUAGCCUGCACUUCGCGAACAAAGACUACUUUGAGAACCGACUCAAGGCCCUGGAAAACGACCCCUACCAGGGAGUUCGCAUCCACACCAUCGUGCUAGACGCGUCCUCCAUCAACCAGCUGGACGCUAGCGCAAUCGACAUGCUGAUCCUCGUGGCCAAGUCGUACGACGAGAGGGGCGUGUCCAUCCUUUGCGCCAACUGGAAGGGGCCCCAGCGCGACCUGUUGGAGCUGUCCGGCUUCUAUGACGUCAUACCUCCGGCGAACCUGUUUCUCGGUCUGCAUGAUGCCGUCGUGGAGGCCAGAAAGAGACAUCACAGAAGAACCACUCCCGCCCCCAGCACAACGGUCCCCAACAUCAGCCUCGGCCAGAUCCGCCAGCAUCGCGGAAGGCGACCCUUCGAACGUGUUGCACAGAGAGGCGUCGGUCGCCGAAACCGUGGUCGAGAUCGGACCCGAUGGGGAGACGAGGGAGUGGAGGGUUGGUGCCGUGGAGAUGAACCCGAGUGGGGAAAUGGAGCGCGAGUGGGGCAUGGGGCGAGUUUAGGAGAGCACAGCCACCAAUUUUCUGCAAGCACAAGAGGUUGAACUCGGAACACGGAACUCGGUGGAGCGAUCGAUAGCAGCCGGCAAGAAGGCUACAAAACACGACAUCUGUGACAAUGCCAAUGGGCAAGACACGGGACAGGCAUCUGGCGGUAUUCCCCUCUCCUCGUUGCUUAGAGUGGGAGUUGUUCUUCAGAGUCCCGACGAAACGAUAGACAUCAAUCAGAUCAUUCCUUAGGGAUAGACAUGGCGUAAUGCACUCCUCCUUUGGGAUAGGUAUGG